CCCUACGAACAUGAAUAUACGGUGUAUCAUAAGUUAGCAAGUCAACCUGCAUAUUCGAAGAGAGGUGAACUUCGAGUGAUCCCUUCUAUGGCUGUUGCCCAAUACGUAGACGCUAAGAAUGCUUUGUACGUGAAUAAGGGUGAAGAUGAGAUCUAUUUUAUAAAAAUUGUUGAUAACGAGAACACGGAACAAUCCUAUUUGUCGUUUACGAAAUUAUGUCUGCUAUGGGCAUCUAAAUUUGAAGAUGAGAUCAUAAUUCACCUGGAUAGUUCGAAUAAUUUGUAUCAUUUUGACUACUAUACGGCCGUGGACCAUUGCAAUGGAACCGAAAUGGAUGACGCUCGUUUCAAGACCACAGUACAAACAAUUAAAUCAAUACCUGGACCUCGUCCUAAAUUACAUGGACCUGUACCAGUAGCAGAGGAUGGAACAGUAAUCGGUCCACCCCCAGAGAAGAGCUUUAUACAGAAAUAUUGGGUAUACAUCCUGCCACUUAUUCUUAUAAUGCUAGUUAAUAGCGCACCACCUGAAGAAGGUCGGGAAGGUCAAGGCGGACAAUCUGGGCAAGGAGGAAAUCGACCUGCGCGUGGAUAA